AUGACAACAACUGAAAUCGCUGAAUCGACUACAAUGGGACAAAUGAUAGUUAAAUCUAAAGAAAAACUGGCUGAUAGAAUAAACGCACUUCAAGAUGAAUUAGAUCAAAGUUCAAAUUCAAUAAAAAGCAUUAAGUUAAUUGAGGGUGAUUCUUCUUUAAAAAGGCGAAAUCAACAUCAUCUAUUUGUGAUAGAAAAUCGAAAUGUUAAUGCUGUAUGUCAGGAAAUUGUAGAAAGCUUGGCUAAUUUUUUAUUACAACGAAUUGAUAUUAAUGAUAAGCUAGUACAUGUUCUAAAACCAUUUAUAAAUUUUAAACAAUUAUCUCAGGUUCAAUUAGAAGAAGUUCAUCAAAUUAUUGGAAGUGAUUUAGACACAACAAAACUACCAUUAGAGUAUGCAGAAGUACUAGAAUUAAAGGAAAUCGAACAUUUACGCAAAAUGUCGAUGACUAAAUUAGUAGAUUAUCUUGCAGCUUAUAUUUAAUUCAAGUAUUAAUAGUUAUUUCUAGAAUUCUUGUAGCAAAACAACACAAUGUAGACGUAGAACGUCUCAUAAGUACUAGUAAUAUUUUAAAAUCUUCAGAUCGUCUAAGUCUUCUUGUUGGAACAGAAAAUGAGUAUUUGUUCGUUCACUUUAACAUGCCACCGUUAACACUAUAG